AUGAGCAACCCGAACCAACAACUCUUUCAAUAUCGCGGACCACGUACGGCUGAAUAUUACAAUUGUUUCUUCAAUCCAAAUAUAUGUCACGUUUGCAAAUGUGUAGACAAUUUGAUAUCAUGCGAUCGAUGCUGCUUGAUUUCUUACUGCAGCAAUGUGCAUAAAACCAAGCACCACAAGGAACACGAGGAAAUCUGCAUUAUUAUAACUCAGGUUUCGAAUGUGACGUCACAAGAGGAUAUGCGCCGGCAACAGUUCAGUAACUGGCAGCAGUGGAUUCGAUCAAGAAAUGAAUUUAUGGAAGCAAUCCAAAAGAAAUUGAAACGUCCAAUGGAAGUUUACGAACAGCAAAUGAUAUUGUGGUCAAAGACCUGUGUUGUGUGCCAUCAGCAGACUGAGCUGAAAACCUGUCAAAGAUGCUUUUCCGCCAACCACUGCGAUCAGCAUGCGGAAAGUUUUCCCAAGAAACAUAAUGACGCCAAAUGCGAUCAAUUAAUGCUGUUACUCAAUAUAGAUAUCGAAAACAUCUCUGGUAAUACACAGAAUAUGAGAUUUCAUGCCGAAAUUAAUAUAGGGGACACAUGGUCGGAAUCUAUAAAGGCAAUACAGAAUCAAGGUUGCCCAGUAAUUUUAAGCUCUACAUGUAAAAAUCAGGCACGAAAUGAGAUAAUUAAGAUACAAGAAACCCUGAAUAUAAUUAAAGAACCUUAUUUCAAUGGCAAAAAUUAUUUCGCUGGUCUUGUACCGCACAAAAACCCAAACACUGGAGAUAUAUAUUUCCGUAAUGAACAUUUAAUAUUUUAUGAUGAUUUACUUACUUACGAAGUGGAUCAAGAUAGGCGUAGAUUUAGCAACAGGCAAGAAUGGAUCCAGUCGAGAAAAGAAUUGUUGGAAUUAGUCAAACUCAAUCUUUGCCGGCCAUUGGAGACGUACGAGUUGCAAAUAAUCCUGUGGUCGAAAUCGUGUAUUGUUUGUCACCAACAGGCUAAACUACACACUUGCCAGAAGUGCUUCUCCGCUAAUUAUUGCGAUGAUCAUGCAACAGAUUUUGGCGUGAAACAUGACGAAAGAAAUUGUGAAGAGAUGUACAAAUUUUGCACAGAAUUUAUAUUGAUACAAAGAGGAAAUGUGAAUUUGAUUGCUCAGGACUACGUCAUGUCUGAUUAUCUUUCAGGACCACUCACCGUCUAUUCUGGAUUAAAGAGAAUAAAUGUGUUAAGUAAAGGAAGGAGUUUGAGGAAAUUAAAUCUGCUAGAAAAUUCUGUCGUUAUUCAUAUUAUAGCCGCAAAUUCUUUGGACAGAAACGGUCUGGAAGCUUGGGAAAUUUUGUUACAUCUCUUGCCUGAUGUACAAGAAUUAGUGAUCAUUAUGAUAGGUCCAGAAUUAUCGUACGAUAUGAAAACAUGUGAUCUUUGUAAUCGAUGCAAGGAACAGAAGACGCUCUCCUUUUUUUCUAUUCCUUUGUUGUACCACAACUACAAUGUUCCUCAAAGUUCUACUGUAGUUUUAGGAGUGAAAGUUGAAAGAUAA